ACAGACUAAGGUUUUACUGUGUUAGUUAGCUGCCUGUCCUGUCGUUCAUUCUCACUCGUCUGGAGUUGUGAACGGGCUUAGCUAGCAAAUUGUGAAAUUAAAGUAAGGGACAGCAUAACAUUCACAAACAUUGCUAGUAAAUGAAGUGACAUUUUAACGACAAUGAAGAAGCAGAGAGAUCAUGUUUUCAUACUUACAUGCACGUUAGUAGCAUUUCAUUGCUGUUCAUGUUUUUACCUUCCGGGUUUGGCCCCAGUAAGUUUUUGCGUGGAAGGGAAAGACGAAGGUGAAGACUGCAAGGCUUCCAUUCAGCUGUUUGUGAACCGCCUGGACUCCGUGGAGUCAGUGCUUCCUUAUGAAUAUGACGUCUUUGAUUUUUGCCAAGAUGCUGAAGAGCAGAGACCAUCUGAAAACCUUGGCCAGGUGUUGUUUGGAGAGAGAAUCGAGUCUUCUCCUUACAAGUUUUCAUUUAAAAAAGAACAGAAAUGUGCAAAGGUAUGCACCAAAUCCUAUGAUCCCAACAAUAAAGAUGACAUGGCUAAACUUGAGUUUCUGAAGAAAGGGAUGGAGCUCAACUACCAGCAUCAUUGGAUAGUUGACAACAUGCCUGUGACAUGGUGCUACGAUGUGGAGGAUGGACAGAAAUACUGCAAUCCGGGCUUCCCUAUUGGCUGCUACGUAACGGCUGACGGGCGGCCAAAAGAUGCCUGCGUUAUCAAUGCGGAGUUUAACAAGAGGAACACGUUCUACAUCUUUAACCAUGUUGAGAUCGUUUUGACCUACCACAGCGGUGCCAGCGAGGGCUGGAGGGGGGCACGGCUGGUAGGAGCGACUCUGGAGCCCAGGAGCAUCAAGCAUGUGGAUGAAAACAAUCCGUCGUGUGAUGGAGGGCCCAUGGACAUACCGGCGGAUCUGAAAAGCAAGAUCCAGUUAACGUACACCUAUUCCAUCAGUUUUGUGGAAAACAAUAACAUCAAAUGGGCCUCCAGAUGGGACUACAUUCUGGUGUCCAUGCCUCACACCAAUAUCCAGUGGUUUAGCAUCAUGAACUCUCUGGUCAUUGUGCUCUUCCUGUCUGGCAUGGUAGCUAUGAUAAUGCUGCGGACGCUGCACAAGGACAUCUCCAGGUACAACCAGGUGGACCAGGAAGAAGCCCAGGAGGAGUCUGGGUGGAAGCAGGUACACGGUGAUGUUUUCAGGCCUCCCAGGAAAGGCAUGCUGCUGGCCAUAUUCCUGGGGCAGGGAACCCAGACCUUCACCAUGAUCUUCAUCACUCUCUUUCUGGCGUGCCUUGGCUUCCUGUCCCCAGCGAACAGAGGCGCUCUGAUGACAUGCGCAGUGGUCCUGUGGGUACUGCUCGGCACCCCAGCGGGUUACGUGUCUGCCCGCAUGUACAAGACAUUCGGGGGUGAAAAGUGGAAGACCAACGUUCUGUUGACAGCGCUGUUGUGUCCAGGGAUCAUCUUCGCGGACUUCUUCCUCAUGAACCUGAUCCUGUGGGCAGAGGGGUCGUCGGCGGCCAUCCCCUUCGGUACGCUGGUGGCCGUCCUGGCGCUGUGGUUCGGGAUCUCCGUGCCGCUCACCUUCGUUGGAGCGUACUUCGGCUUCAAGAAGCAGGCAAUCGAGCACCCGGUGAGGACCAAUCAGAUCCCGCGACAGAUCCCGGAGCAGUCCUUCUUCACCAAACCCCUCCCGGGGAUCGUCAUGGGCGGGAUCCUGCCUUUUGGCUGCAUCUUCAUCCAGCUUUUCUUCAUCCUCAACAGCAUCUGGUCUCACCAGAUGUAUUACAUGUUUGGCUUCCUGUUUCUGGUUUUCAUCAUCCUCCUCAUCACCUGCUCUGAAGCAACUGUCUUGCUGUGCUACUUUCAUCUUUGUGCAGAGGACUAUCACUGGUGGUGGCGGUCGUUCCUCACCAGCGGAUUCACGGCGGUCUACCUGUUCAUCUAUGCCAUACAUUACUUCAUGUCCAAGCUGCAGAUAUCCGGCAUCGCCAGCACCAUCCUCUACUUCGGCUACACCUUGAUCAUGGUGCUCAUUUUCUUCCUCUUCACUGGCACCAUUGGCUUUUUUGCCUGCUUCUUGUUUGUGAACAAAAUCUACAGCGUGGUGAAGGUGGACUAAGUGGCUGGAACUUCCAUCCUCUGCUGCAGCCCAGUCCUACAGGAGUAACACCCUUUCCAGUCACAAGUAUAAGAAGCAGGAAGCUGUGCCGUGAGGCAGACAUUCUACCCCUCAUGAGAACUUGUGGAAAAUGAGAGCUGGAAAUGGCUGGAAGGGUAAAUUCUGUGAAGCCAAUGUUGAUUUGGAAGGAAAACAUACAGUGCCUUGCAAAAGUAUUU